AUGGCUUACGACCACAAGACCACAAGGCCACCCACACACCCCUCCCUCCCGUCCGCUACAGUCAUGCGCAGUGUAUUCUACGUCGCACUGGCAGUUGCGGUCUUCGCUCACAGCAGUUUCGUCGCAGCGUUCGCGGCUGCCGACGAGUCCGCGCUCUUGUCGAAGACCACUCCCGACUUCGCGAACGAUGAUGUGCUCAGCACGGACUCCUGGAAGAGAUUCCUUCGGAGCACGGACCUAGACGACGAGGCCGAGGACGCCGCCGAGGACGACCGCAAGGCCGACCCAUGA